AACAAACAAUAACUAAAACAAAACAAAACAAAACAAAGAAUAACUAAAAUGGCUUUGUCUUCCAAAACCCUAAAGUCAACUCUCUUCCUCCUCUCCAUUCUCUUCCUCUGUUUCUCCUUGAUCCUAGCUCACGGCGGCAUAGACGACGGCGACGAAGAGGAGACUAACCAGCCACCUCCGGCCACCGGAACAACAACCGUAGUGAAUCUCCGAUCGAAAAGCUUGGUGCUUGUGAAGAUCUACUGUAUUAUAAUCCUCUUCUUUAGCACAUUCUUAGCCGGAGUUUCACCUUACUUUUACCGAUGGAACGAGUCUUUUCUCCUCCUCGGAACUCAAUUCUCCGGCGGUAUAUUCCUUGCGACCGCUCUAAUCCAUUUUCUCAGCGACGCUAACGAGACAUUCAGAGGAUUAAAACACAAAGAGUAUCCUUACGCCUUCAUGUUAGCAGCCGCUGGAUAUUGCCUUACAAUGCUCGCAGAUGUGGCGGUUGUGUUUGUAGCGGUUGGGAGUAGUAACAACCACGGUGGAGCUAGCGUCGUCGGAGAGUCGAGGGUGGAUGAUGAAGCGGCAGUGAAAGAGGAAGGACGUCGUGAGAUAAAGAGUGGUGUGGAUGUGAGUCAAGUGCUUAUACGAACGAGUGGAUUUGGAGACACAGCUUUGCUGAUUUUUGCACUUUGUUUUCACUCCAUCUUUGAGGGCAUCGCCAUUGGUCUCUCAGACACUAAAAGCGACGCUUGGAGAAACCUAUGGACAAUAUCGUUGCACAAGGUCUUCGCGGCCGUAGCAAUGGGAAUAGCUCUCCUCAAGCUAAUCCCUAAACGUCCAUUCUUUCUCACUGUCGUCUACUCCUUCGCCUUUGGGAUAUCGAGUCCCAUAGGUGUCGGGAUUGGCAUUGGCAUCAAUGCCACUAGCCAAGGAGCUGGUGGUGACUGGACCUACGCGAUCUCUAUGGGCCUAGCGUGUGGAGUUUUCGUGUAUGUUGCGGUUAACCAUCUCAUCUCAAAAGGAUAUAAGCCUCGUGAAGAAUGUUACUUCGACAAGCCAAUCUACAAGUUUAUUGCUGUCUUCCUCGGCGUUGCUUUGCUCUCUGUUGUUAUGAUUUGGGAUUGAUUUUAAGUGAUAUCGAUAUACUUAGUUUCAUUCAUUAGUUUUUUAUUUCGUUCAAAUCUCCUUGUUCAUAUUCUUCGUACGUUUUUGUUAAUUUUGCAGAAUUUAACAAUUCAAUGUACGUAAACCGUUGUGAAAAAGAAUAUAAACAUUUAUGUAUAUG